GCAAAACAAGUGAACAGUUUUUAUUAAAGAACCUCCCAAAGAAAUUAGUUAGUCGCACCGCAGUGGUUUCCUGGUCGGUCGGUGAGUUGGUUAACUCGGUUUUAACUCAACUCAAGUGUUAUUCGAUAACGCGUUACGAAUAGCAUUAAUGAGUACGACUUCAACCUGAGCUUCCUGAACCGAAGUCCAGCUCGGUAACCUAAACCUAGGAAGGGUUCAGCAGAAGGUUAGCCAACAGCCCGGCGCAGUAAACUCUUUAAUUAAACAGUUUGGAUUAACUUUUGGUCAAGAUUAACGGGCUUCGGAGAUGUCUCUGGGCGACCAGAGCCAGCAGUGGUUCCCUACGAGUGUCCAGGUAACGGUCCAUCAGGCUCGGAACCUGCGUGCCAAGGGGAAACAUGGCACCAACGACGCCUACGCCAUCAUCCAGGUGGCCAAAGACAAGUUCUCCACCUCCGUGUCUGAGAAAUGUGUCGAUCCGGUGUGGAAAGAAGAGGCGUCGUUCGACCUGCCGCUCUUCCACCUGGGCAACGGCGACCACUGCACGCUGUACGUCACCGCAAUGCACCGGGCUCAGGUGGGACUCGACAAGUUCUUGGGUCAAGCUGUGGUGAACCUACUGGAUCUGCACGACAACACCUCUCGCAAAAAGACCGAUUGGUUCAAGCUGGUUGAUAAGAGUGGAAAAGAUGACAAGGCGCGAGGCGAGUUGCUGCUAGAUAUCCAAUUCAUGAGAAACAACAUGUCAGUUAGCAUGUUAGACCUUUCCAUGCAGGACAAACCGCGCUCCCGCAUCUCCAAGCUGAAAGACAAAGUCCGUGGGAAGAAAAAGGAUGGCUUCUCCGACUCUGCUUCCGCUAUCGUCCCCCAUGUCAGUAAGGUCCUCACUGACAGCGAGGGAGAAGUCGACACGCAGUCCCUCAAUCAGUCCGAAGGAGUGAAAAAGAAAUCUAAACUCAAGAGCCUCUUUGCUCCCAAAUCCAACUUGCACCGUAAGAUCUCACAGUCCAUGUCUACGCUGGGGGUUCUUCCAGAGAAGAAUUCAUCCAUCAGCGGCAGCCGCUCAUCUGGCCUCAAUGUGGACUCUCCUGACGUGAAAAAGAAAUUCAAAUUCCUGGGACACAAGCGAACAGGCAGCUCUGACAGCAAGCACUCUCUGGGUCCGUUCUCUCUUCUGGGUCGCUCCAAGCAGAGCAUCAGUGACCUGAACAGUGUGUGCAUCAAUGGCAGCCAUGUGUACGAAGAGGACACGGAACCCAACAGCGGAUCGACUCUCAGUCUGAACAGCUCGGGCCAAGGAUCCGUGGAGGACAUCCGCAAACACACCUCCGACGUCUCUGCAGAUGCCUUUACAGGUGUACCAGUUCCCUCCUUAAAGCACGAGUCAACAGAUAAGGCCAUACUGGAGCAACAGCGCCAUCAAGAGGAGGAGGAGGAAGAGAGAAGGCAUGCAGAAGAGAGGCGCACAGCAGAGGCCAAGAGGUUGGAGGACGAGAAGUACAGGGUAGAGGCCAAGAGGCUGCAGGGGGAAGAGGAGCACAGACGUCAAGAGGAACAGGAGAGGAAGAGAAACUUCCUUGACGACGAGGCGAGGAGGAAGAAACAGAGAGAGGAGGAGGAUGAAGAGGAGGAGGAAAGGAGAAAGCUCGAGGAGCAGCGGCGCAGAUCUGACGAGCUCAAGCGCCAGGAGGAGGCCUCCAUGAGCGACAGGCUCACGUCUCUGUUUGGAAUGAUCAGAAAGAAGGAGGAGAAAAAAGAGGCGCUACCCAUAACGGCUCCUUUCAGCAAUUCAGGAGAUCCCGAUGUGCUGAGCCCCCACCCCUCAGCCAAUCCGUUUGAGGUCACAGAUCCUGGCGUUGAUGAUAAUGGACCAGCGGAUCGCCAGAAAUCCGGCGGCAACCCAAAAUCCCCCUCUGCCAUGCUCCUCCUCAACCGCACUGCUAAAGUGUCUGCAGUCAAACCCAGGCCUCAUCCUGUGAAGCCCAUGAACUCAGAGAACCAGCAGCCAAUCGGCAGCUCUGUUGUGAAAGAGAAAAAGGUCCGCAAGAGCGCGCCAGGGAAGGUUCAGGUGGCCAACCUGGUGGAUACUGGUCCUUUCACUCAGCUGACCCAGGAGGAGUUGAUCACAAUGGUGGUGAGGCAGCAAGCCGACCUGUCCAAGAAGGAAUCUCAGAUCGUGGAGCUCGAGGAGUACAUUGACAACCUGCUGGUCCGCGUCAUCGACGAGCAGCCGGGCAUCCUGCAGUUUGAUAAACCGGCGUAAGGUAACGGCUGCUGCGGGCCGGAGUCGCUCUCAAGGACGCGGCGUGGCCGUUGUGUGACGUCCUGUUGUCGCCGAGCAAUGCGAGCUCAUCUUAAAGCGAAUGCACUUUCUUAGCUUCGGUCACAUUUUUUUUUGGAGAAUGCUGGAUGUUUUAAUAACACUUAAUAACUCGCUGGGAAGCACAGAUGUAACUUUUUUUCAGUACCGAUAUCUUUGGGUAUUGCCCGGUGGCGAGUACCGGUCAGAUACCAGUGUUAAAUGAACAAGCUGUAAAUUAAUACAUAGAUAUAAAUGUAGUGUAUUUUUAUGUAUUCAAAUAAUGGUACCCGGUAGCAGACUGGCCCAUGGUCACAGAGGACAGAUCCAGCUAUUUGAGUCGGUAUUGGACCGAUAUCGGAUAUCAUCAUCGGUAUCGGUGCAUCUUUAAUAACAAGCAAGUAACACAUCUUUAUCUGAGCAAGUGAAUGUAUUUGUUUUAACACUAUGGUACUGGGAUUUGCUUUUAAAAUCGUUCUACUUGGGUGGAGCUUUAUUUUAUGUACUAAUGAUGUAGAUACAAUUUUUUAAAUUUUUUUCAAAUAUUAUUACUUUUAUUAUUAUUUUUAUUAUUAUUAUCUGGCCUUUUUAACUCUUUACACUGGUCUUUAACUUAUUUCUGUGCAAUGAAUGAUAUACAUAACCUUAAACGACCAUCCUAAUUCAAGAUUAAGAUUGUUUGUGUAACAGGGGCACGUCGACUUUUACCACUGAACUCUUUUUGUUGUGUUUCCUUCGCUGAACCUUUUGACUUCAUUAAAAAACAUUCCUGCACAUUAGAACUCACCACAGACGAAUGUGAGCUGGUCGUCCAGUCCUUAAAACAUAAUGUGCCUCUUUCUGUUUCUGAGAGUUGUUAUUCAGAAUACCAGCAAUAAAUAAAAGCAAGCAGCUGCUAUGUGUUGUGCAUAGAUUGAAAUGCACGGCGGCAGGUAUAUCGGUUUUUCAUACAUGUGAUUGUUAUGAAGCCUGUGCACAUUGUUGAAAAUAUUAUGCAAGUAGAUAAUAAUGUGAGCUUGAUGAUCACUGUAGUCUUUGUGUUGUGAUUGUUGAUUGAAAACCAAAAGAUAAUCAAAAGGAAAUGAUCAGAGACACUGUAAUUGACUCUGUAUCAGUAAUAACCAACCAGCCUUGUCUUUGUAACUGAAUCAAACUAAUAAAUGAACAUAUAUAUAUUUUUUUAUAUGACAAUAUUAUUUGAUCUUUUGGCAGUCAUAGCAAUAUUAAUCCUGAGAAUGUACAUGUUGUGCCUUCAAAAUGUCUUAAUGAGUCGUGUGUCUGGAUGGACAGUUGAUGGCUCCUCCUCUUCUUGUACCGGAGCGAGAGCUCAAAUAAUGUGCAGCUUGAUGCACGAGCGUCUGUAGUCUCACAUGCAGCCUGAUGUAAUAAUAAUUCUACAGUCGAUGUAAAACCUCUGAAGAAUGUGACACUGAGAAAAAUGUGGUUUUAUUUUAAAUAAAGACACUCAUUAUUUAAA